GUCUACGUUGUGCGAGCCUCCUUACUCCAUCUUGUCAUUUAUCCCCCUCCCCCAUCGAACGCUAAGGCAGACGGGGGGGAAAAGACAAUCCGCCGCCAUCCUCCUCCCGGCAGCCUUUCCCCAUCCCGAAUACCCGCUGAACGGAACCCCCUCACCCGGCGCGUCGANNCCAGUCUUUACUCAAUGAGCUUCCCCCGCAAUGUCAGAGCGGCCGGGGCAGACUGCAAAAGGGAAGGAUGGCAAGAAGUACUCGUCCCUCAACCUGUUUGAUACAUACAAGGGCAAGUCCUUAGAGGUGCAGAAACCAGCAGUCACCCCCCGCCAUGGCCUGCAGAGUCUCGGUAAAGUUGCCAUUGCCAGGCGUAUGCCCCCCCCAGCAAACCUGCCGAGUCUGAAAGCAGAAAAUAAAGGGAAUGACCCAAAUGUCUCACUAGUUCCCAAAGACGGAUCAGGAUGGGCAAGCAAGCAGGAUACACCAGAGCCAAAGAGUACCGAUGCCUCUCCAGCACCGCAGCCGGAGUCGCAGCCACAGCUGGCUUCACAGACUUCUGCAUCAAACCAGUCGAAGCGACCCCCAGUUCCUCAAGAGCCCCCCCAACCAGCCGUCGUCGUGGUAAAGACUUGGGCACAAGCCAGUACCACACAUGUAGCACAAGGAGAUGGUGGAAAGGCAUCAAGCCAACUGUCGCCAUUCUCUCGAGAGGAAUUUCCAACCCUGCAGGCGGCUGGGGACCAGGACAAAAGUGGGCACGACCAGAACACCUCCGCUGUGUCGUAUGGGCCAGGACCAAGCCUCCGCCCCCAGAAUGCCACCUCCUGGAGGGACGGGGGCGGGAGGGGGGGGCUGGCUCCAGGCUCCCUGGAUGGGGAUGGCCGUGAGACUCCUGACAUGGCACACGCCCCCAGCAAUGAGCCAGCCCCCCGUCAAGGGCUGCCUCCCCCUGCUCACCAACAGUUCCCUCCAUAUCGGGGGAUGAUACCACCAUUCAUGUAUCCCCCAUAUUUGCCGUUCCCUCCUCCGUAUGGGCCACAAGGAGCCUUCCGCUUUCACGCUCCAGAUGCUCCAAGAUUUCCACGGCUGGCUCCUCCACGUGCUCCCCAAAACGCUCCCAGGUUGUCUGAAGCCGUUAACCGCCCAUCUAUCUUGAAGCAAGACGACCUGAAAGAAUUUGAUGAGCUGGAUCAAGAGACGGAUGAUGGCUGGGCAGGGGCCCAUGAAGAGGUAGACUAUACCGAGAAGCUGAAAUUCAGCGAUGAUGAGGAUGGGAAGGAUACAGAUACAGACGAAAAGAGGGAGUCUCCUGUCUCUCUCACUGAUAAGCCGCCGGUGCUCCCACCUCAGAAUGUGGUGGAGACCUCUGAUUCCAGGAAGGCCUCGCCUACAGAGGAGAAGCCUCCACCAACCAAAGCUGCAUGGACGGAGGCGAAUCGCGUUCUGGAGCCUUUACCGGCACCUACUGCCAUUGUUCCCCCUCCUCAAAGGGGACAGUCUGCACAUCGGGGGCCACAGCCAGAGCACAAGGAAAAGCCGCCGGCAUCCGUGGCUGUGGCACCUGCAGAGGAUGAGGAUGAAGCAUGGCGCCAGCGCAGAAAGCAGUCCUCCUCUGAGAUCUCCCAGGCAGUGGAGCGUGCUCGGAGAAGGAGAGAAGAGGAGGAACGCAGGAUGGAGGAAGAGAGGCGAGCCGCAUGCGCUGAGAAACUCAAGCGACUAGAUAUGAAACGCAGACCUGCGCCAGAAGAGGCGGAAUUGGCAGGAAGGAAUGGGGCCACUGAUGUGCCGGAGCCUCCAGCCCAGAAUGCCCCUGUGGUGGAACCAGCGGCAACUCCUGAACCUCCUCCGCAGCCUAUAGUAGCUCUGCCACCAGCUGAAGUUCCCCAGGUAAAGCGUGAACCAAGCCCACCUCCCCGGCCAGAGCCCAAACAAGAGCCAGCACCAGCUGCUGUGAGCCGCCCGCCAGCUACGGGACCUUCCCAGGGAGGAUACAAUAAGUUUCAGAAGAGUUUGCCACCUCGCUUCCAGCGUCAGCAACAGGAGCAGAUGAUGAAGCAAUGGCAACAGAACAGAGAGCCCACGCCACCCUCCCCUGCUGGACCUCCUCCAUCACAACCGCUGUCAGCAGCCCAGCCACCACAGAAAACACUCUAUGGAGGAGGGUCAAUGGGAAGGACCACUCCUGUGGGCACACCGCAGCCACCUGCCCCCCUGCCGCCUCACGUCACUUAUGACCCUCGAUGGGUGAUGGUUCCUCCUUUCAUUGAUCCACGCAUGAUGCAAGGGAGACCCAUGGAUUAUUACCCUCCCCCAGCGGGAGUUCACCCUACAGGACUGAUGUCCCGUGAGCGAUCAGACAGCGCGGGGUCAGGAUCAGAUGGAUAUGAGCGACAUGCUUCGCUAAUGAGGGAGCGAGGGACUCCUCCCGCAGACUCCAAAGUAAUGUGGGGCAACGAGAUGUACAAUCCUGCCGAAGCACGGCCAAUAGCAUCUCCUCUACGACCGAGUGCCGAAGAAGAGGAGCGGGAUAUGAGAAGUGAAGCUCAACCCGUUCGUUCCGUCGCUCCUCAGCAGGCUCAACCUCCAUCAUACUUGGGCAAUUUCACUUCUUACCAAGAAAAUGCUGUUGCAUCAACCCAACAACCGCAUGUUGGGCAUCGCUACCCUGGGGAAGAGCAGCGCACCUGGCAUCAGCCGCAUAACCAUGCUGGGGGAUCCCAAAUACCACCGCAGCCUAUUGCACAGAGACGUUCAGAAUCUCAACCACCUCCAGUGUCUGUCCCCUCAUCCCAGGCACACAGGGCUGAUGAUGAACCUGCUAUACUGCGGAGGGAAGCAGCACCUCCACCUUCACAGCAAGAUAACGCAUCCAAAGUUGAAAUCGGCAGUGGGCGGCCGAAGGAGGAAAGGAAGGAAAUGGCCAAAGAGGAACCAAAGUUUGAAAAACAAACUACAAAGCCUGAGUACCACAGACCGCCUCCUCGCCGGGAGUCCAAGACAGAAACGCGCUGGGGACCAAGACCCGGAGAAGGAGGAAAGCGAAGACAGGAAGAGCCCAUUGGUACAGGAGGAGCCUUUAACCAAGCACCUGCUCAGCGGCGGGCAGGUCCUAUCAAGAAGGGUGGCAGACGAGAGGAGAUUGUGACCAAAGAGCAUCAAGAUGCCAAGGUCAGUCAACCACUUCCAACGGUAGCGGAGCCACAGAAACCUAGACAAGCAAACUACACUAGCAGGGAGGGUGAACAAAUAACAGGUUCACCUUCAAGACGAAGAAAAGAGACUAUACCUGUUCCAGCUAGGAGCUCUCCUGCAAUGGUUUCAGCAUCUAGAGGCCGUGGCAGAGGAGAAUAUUUUUCAAGAGGGAGAGGCUUUCGGGGGGCCUAUAAUGGGCGAGGUCGGGGUGGCAGAGGAAGAAGCCGUGAAUUUCGUGGUGGGUACAGAAGAGACGGCACUUUCUACAGAGAUGACGGGGAUGCAGAUAACAAGCCUUUACCCGGAUCUGGAGGACGGGAGCGGAAUACCAGUGAAACACGCAGCGAGGGUUCUGAGUAUGAAGAAGUUCCUAAAAGGAGGAGGCAACGUGGCUCUGAAACUGGUAGUGAGACAGAACCAAUCCCUUCUGAGAAAGACCCUGGGAAAGGAGGACCUCCCUUGCAGCAGCACACAGAUAUAAUGCCUGCAGGCAACCCAAGGCACCAAGAAAAAGGUAGAGAUUCCGGUAGGGGGCGCAUUUUUACACCAAGAGGAGUGCCUUCAAGAAGAGGUAGAGGAGGAGGUGCACCUCCAUUGUCUAUGUCCUGGAAUGCUAACCCAAAACAGCAGCAGUCAGCACCUCCGAUUCCUCCUGCACAGCCACCACCUCCUCCUCACAAAACAGAGAGGAAAAAUGACAAAGUGAUCGUGGCUAUGAGUCCGCCAGCACCCAAUGAUGAUCGGGUUCCACCUCCACCUAGGAGACGGAGACACGGAAGGGCUCAGCAGCAGGACAAACCACCUCGCUUCCGGAGGCUAAAGCAAGAGAGGGAGAAUGCUGCCCGGGCAGGAAAUGGGGGAGGCCCUCAACAACCUCCGCAACAGUUACCGACACAAGAGCACCACCAACGCUCAUCACAGGCUGAAGAAGAACGCGUCAUGCCCCGCCGUGGACAUAAAUCUCCCGACCCAUGUAAUGCUAACUCCGACCAGGCCAACGAAGAAUGGGAGACUGCAUCUGAAAGCAGUGACUUUACAGAGAAGAAAGAUAGGGCUGAUAUGCCUGUGCAAAAUGGAGUAUCCAGUCCACCUUCCACUGGAGGGCGAGACCAAAGGAAGGAUCUUUCAAAAAGGAGCUUCUCCAGUCAAAGACCAGUCAUGGAGAGGCAGAAUCGCAGACCCAUGCAUCCUGGUGGACCGAGGCCAGGCCGAGGCGGCGGCGGCGGUGGUGGUGGCGGCGGCGGUAGGAGUGGAGAGAAGAGAAGCUGGCCCUCUCCAAGAAACAGAGGUGGCAGGAGUCAUGAAGAUCGUCCUUCACAGUCUCUAACCCUUCCUCAUCCUCCUCCAAAUACAAGCGUUGUCUAUCGGGUAGACCGUGUGAUUCACAGCAACCCUGCGGGCAUACAACAGGCACUUAGUGAGCUAGGACAGAAGCAUGGAAAAGCCGUGUCCACCAGUCAAAACGUAGAACUGCCCAGUGGCCGAUGUCAAACACCAGGAGAAUCUCUGCUGGCCGCCUGUGAAUCAGUUAGUGAAAAUUUUGCUGUUCCAAAGCGAGUUGUGUGCUCUCUGAAGCCACAAGAGAUCCCACUGGAGGUUACUGCUCGUGAUGGGAUCUCGGUGCCAGCCACAGUGUGGAAACGGCACGUCCCUCGUGGCCACCAGUUAGGAGCCUUCGAGUCAGGGGUCUGGAGCAAAGAGCAGAGCAAUAACAGAGGGAAGCUUGUUCGUCCCUACCCCAUGGAGCCAUGGAUGGACUCUUAUGAAGACCAUAUUCAUACCGAGAUGAGCCAGUCAGACAGCGGUGUUGAUCUGAGUAGUGACUCGCAGCUCUCUUCCAGUAGUUGUAGUCAACGCAGCUCUCCUGAUGGUGGCAUGAAGCCUGAAGUGGGCAAGAGAUCUGCGCAUCCGGUAUCCUCGGGGCAGCCUCCACAUGGACACAUUCUGUUAACAGGAAUCUCUCCUGAUCCAAUCGGUAUGGAGCGUGCCCAGAAACCUGCUUCAGAUUGUCAACGAGGACCCAGCACAUCCUCUUCUCUCUCCUCAGCUCCUCAGUCUCCAAAUCCUAAGGACCAGUGUGCUCCCCCUGGAGGCACCAAGUAUGGCAGAAACACACAAGGCACUGCAAGCCGAUAUUCAGGAAUAACGGGCCCCUCUCCUCAAUCCUGGGAACUCGCAGCACAUUCAGCAUCCACUGGACCCCUAUUGGACCCUCGGCAGAUCAGCCAGUCCCCUGCUCUCUCCGACGGGGCAAGAUCUCAGCUACCGGAGGAUAUGAACCAGAGAGUGUAUGCAAACCAAUACUACCAGGUGGAUGUCCACGUGACGAGCACGGGCAGUGGCUACAGACCUGGAACUCCUUCCCUGCAGCCUUACAGAUCGCAGCCUAUGUACCUGCAUACCGCUCCUACUCCGGGCUCAUCCCCGACUCUGCUGCCGACGUCUGCUCUUCUUUCUGGCAUCGCCCUAAAAGGCCAGUACUUGGAGUUCAGUGACCUGGGUAAGGUGUCCGCCGGCAGCUUACUGUACCAGGCACCCACCUUCCUCUACAGCGGUCCCUACUGUCAGGCCCAGGUCAGCGCUGACCAACAACAGCAAAUGUUACAAGUCCGACAGGAUAUGACUUCUGCAUCUGAUUAUUUUUCUUCUCUUCAUGCUGGACCGAGUGGAUACCUACCUACGGCUCCUACACAGCAGGCACAUGUUCUUCUGUCUAUGAUGGAUGCUCCUCUUCCAGUCAUGGGAUUUGGUUCCUUAUCAUCUGGAGGCCAGCAGCCUUCACUUGUCACUGUUGGUCAGACGUUGCCUCCACUUCAGCUCUCUGCUGCAGGCCGCCCGAUGUCGCACAGCGUCAGAAAUGAGUAUCAGAGCCAUUCGCUGGAUGUGAAGCAGCCAGAUAAUCUGCAGUGUGCGCCAGGAAUUGGAACUGGUAUCCAGGCAUCAGUAGGAAGGACAAAAUCAUCACACUCAAGCUAUGGAGCUGCCCGAAAUCAGCGUCUGGAUGUUUAUCAGCAGGCCUUUCUGCCAGAUACUUCGCGCUGGACCCCCAGACCUUGGGAAAGACCACCAACUCGGGAUAGCGAUCCCCGAAAUACAAGAGAGUCCCACACAGAGGGAAAUGCAGCACCUUGACUCUCCUGACACCUCUUAAUAUGGUCCCUGUCACUUAAAAUUGUAUAUGCCUUCUUGCCUAGGUAUUAAGGGGAGCGAUUGUUGAGAGGAUCUUACGAAUGACAAUAGAAGCCCCUGUCCAGUUUUUACCAUCAGAGUUUUGCUCCAUUUUUCCCACAUCCAGAAGCUCCCCAACAAAUUUAUAUUUUGAUUUUUUUUUUUGGUCCCCUUUUUUUCUGAUAAAUAAAGAGUAUUUUCUC